AUGCCGACCAAACUGAUGCUGUCGUUUGUUGCCAUGGAUUUCCUCUUCGCUGGAUGCGGAGGAUUGUUGCUAGGCUUCUCUCUCAUGUCGGAGCAAUCGAUGCGGGCCACUCCUACUGUAGACAACGUCACGCAGAACCUCCUGCUUGGCCAGUGUCCUUUGACAGCUGGCGUCGUCAACGCAAUCUUCGUCUUCGUCACUUUUCUUCUGUCCCUCCCAGCCCUCUUCAUUCCCACAAAUCGAGGCUGGCUCCGCACUCAAGGUUGGCUCGUAGUUGUCUGCGCAACCUUUACUCUUGGUCUCGGUGUUGCCAUCUGGGUAGAGACCCUCCAAACCCGCCAGAACCUGAGUGUGCUAUGGGGACGGGAGACGCCGCUUAUUCAGAGUCUCUUGCAACAAAAGUUCGAUUGCUGCGGCUACGUCAACUCGACAACGCCUCCGUUUGUGCAGGACAGCACAUGCCUGAACACCCUUGUCGCCGCGCAAAAGGGCGGCUGCAUUGGCAAGUUCUCCUCUUUUGCCAACAGAUAUCUGGACCGAGUAUUCACCGCCGCCUUUGGCAUUGUUGGUAUCGACAUGAUCCUUGUACUUUGCGUCGCCAUGGUCCUCAAGUACCGCCAAGAACAGGAGCGCUACAGGCACAUUGACGAGAAGAACGGUGUUGGUGGCAUCUAA